GGCUAAACGAAUGCGCAUGCGCAUUGGGAAAUUCACUCUUCCACAUAAAUACAGAUAGCACUUAAGUGGAAUCUUUGAUAUAAACUAAUUGAACGGACGCAGGACUAAUUCAGGUCUAAAGAGCAGCCAGUCCAUCAUAUUGUAAAAGCAAAAUUCACUUUUUCUGCCCCCACUGCAAAAUGCCAGCCGCACUUGCAGAUACCAGCCAGAUUAUCUGCGAAGUUUGGGCGAGCAAUGUCGAAGAAGAAAUGAGGAAAAUUCGACAGAUAAUUCAGAAUUACAAUUAUAUUGCUAUGGACACAGAAUUUCCUGGAGUAGUUGUCAGACCAAUUGGGGAAUUUCGAAGUACUGUGGAUUACCAGUAUCAGCUACUGCGGUGCAAUGUAGACUUACUGAAAAUUAUCCAACUUGGGCUGACUUUUAUGAAUGAGGAUGGAGACUAUCCCCCUGGAACCACAACUUGGCAGUUUAAUUUUAAAUUCAAUUUAACGGAAGACAUGUAUUCCCAAGAUUCCAUAGAUCUACUUCAGAACUCUGGGCUUCAGUUUAAAAAGCAUGAAGAAGAAGGCAUUGAUACACUUUACUUUGCAGAGCUCCUAAUGACCUCCGGUUUGGUGUUGUGUGAAAAUGUUAAAUGGCUCUCAUUUCACAGUGGCUAUGACUUUGGUUACUUAGUCAAACUUUUGACUGACUCACGACUGCCAGAGGAGGAGCAUGAAUUUUUCCAGAUACUGAACCUGUUUUUUCCUGCAAUAUAUGAUGUUAAAUAUCUAAUGAAGAGCUGUAAGAAUCUAAAGGGUGGUCUUCAGGAGGUAGCAGACCAGCUAGAGCUAAAGCGAAUUGGACGACAGCACCAGGCAGGCUCCGACUCGUUACUCACGGGGAUGGCUUUCUUCAGAAUGAAAGAGUUAUUCUUUGAAGAUAACAUUGACGAUGCCAAAUACUGUGGGCGCCUGUAUGGCUUGGGAUCGGGCUCAAACCAAAAUCAGAAUGGAAUUGCAAACUCCUCUCAAGAAGAGGCCCACAACAAACACUGACCAGAACUGCGGAGGAAAAUCGAACCACGGAUUUCAUUUUUUUUUUUUUUUAUCUAAAACUAUCGACUAUAUUUGAUAAAAUACACAGGGAAAAAAAAAGUCCUGGACAUUCUGGAUCGGCUAUGAAUUGGACGUUUUUUUAUUCUGCAUAUUGCAUUUUAUUGGGUCUUAGCUCCAUCCCCGUUAAACUUCAGCAGUCCUGAUUUUUUGUUUGUUUUUCCUUUCUGACGAGUCUUAAUUCCGGAUUAGCCACGCAAGCAGCUAGUGGGGACUUCAGUAGCAAUACACUUUGAAAAGGUAAUUUUAAUGAAUUGUUCGGUGAGUUUUGCAUUUGUUUUUAUCCUUGGGACCAGUCCCCAUAUACUGUACAGUACUUGUUACAUUUAAUUCUCAUUUUAAUACACUUUAUGGUGUCAUCUGUCUAUGCACUCUCUCAUCCAGCACAAAGUUUUGUAAAUGUGAUAAUAAGCAUAGACCUCAUUAUGAACUCUCUUGCAUAUUUCUAUUCAAGGUUAUGAAAUUGACAGAUGGAAAUCCAAGUAAUGUACAAAAAGAAAAAAUCUACUGAAGUUUAAAUGUAUAUUUUGCUUUUAAUGUGUUCUCAGAAUUCUUGUACUUGCAUCAAUGUUUGUGAAUUAUGUUGUUUUUAAAUUGCCAAUUGUUAUGAACAACUCUUUAUUAAAGUGUUUUGUAUAAAUUGCACUCAAAAUGUUUUGCAACGUUGCUUGGACAUUUUUAAAAUGUAACCAAACAUUCAUUCAGCCAUUUCCAAAGCCCCAACCCCCGAGUCGACAUAUUCCAGUUUAUAAGGGUGCAAGAUACUCUAGGGGGGAAAAACGUGAACUUUAGUGACCGCCAUGACGCAACUGUACUUGAGAAGGACACACGGGAACCUGAAGGCCCAGACGGUGGGGGGCUGCACCGCUACGCCAACCAGCACCCAUCCUUCCAGGGUGGAUAUCCGAGAGGGUUCAGGAGGACAGGACACCUACGUUCAGUGUUGGCAGGAACAUUACGACCUGGACUUCAUUUACUUCGAUACGCCGGUGACUCUUUUUUUUUUUUUUUCCCCUUUUACAGUUGAUACUCUUGGUGACACUUUUUGUGAUAUUGUGACUAUGCUGCUUUUUAUGCCAAUGCCAAGCGCCUGCUUCAUACAUAAUUUAAUGGAAGGGCAUAAGCAGAGAGACAAAAAAAUGAAGCUUAGCAUUUAUCAAUUUGGAACCUACAAUGUAAUAAUGUCUUUUAAAGUUUUCUCUGAAAGUGGAACAUUUUCAAUCCUUUAUCUGUUUUUAACACUAUUUGUAAAUAAUUAAUGAUGUGAGUAAAUAUGUUGUGAAGACUAA